AUGAGCUACACGAGCCAUCUGCGCGAGCCAGGACCCUUUGCGGUGCCUUCCUUAGCCUCAAAGGGGAAGGGCGACGACUUCCAGCACCCAUUCGGCGGAGAAACGUGCAACGGGUACACGGCGACCGAGGAGGGAAGUGCGGCACCUACCGCGGAGGUGAGUGAGGAAAAGCACAGCUCCAGCGCCAGCUCAGACUGCAAGAAGGAAGAUGAGAAGUGGAUCUGGGUGCUGGACCCCAUGACCCGCAAGUUGCGGGUGCCGCUGCACUUGCUCGUUCCCACCCACGCCACCUCGACGCCUGGAACAGUGCCGUCGCUGUGCAUAGCCUUCUUGGAAGGCCGGUGCCGCCAUGCUUGGUGCCGCCAGGCGCACGUGGUGCCGUCUGCUAUACCGCAGCUGCGCUACGAGGCGCUGAGCUCACCCACGUGCUGCCACUUCCACCAAGACCCGCAGGACAUCUCGAUGCUGACAAACCACUUCAAGUACGUCCUCAUAACUGGCAACGGUGGCAGCAACGAGCUGAUUCCUGCGGACCGUGUGGCGUGCACAGUCGGGCUUCGCCGCUACUUGGUGCACAACGUCCCCAAGAAGUCCACCUACGCGUCCAUCAAUGCGGCAGGGAAGCGAUCGGUGCCCGACGAGAACGAUAUCCUUGAGCUGCCGGCGAAGUUCAUUUGCCGUCUGCACCUAGCUCAUCGCUGCCGGUACCUGGACGACUGCAACAACAUCCACAUUUGCCGCGAGUUUGAAGUCCGCCUGCAACCGCCUCCGCAGAUCCUGAGCUCGCUCAACUCCGUCACCACCUCGACGCGCACGGUGAACAUCGGUGACACCUGCUACACCGUCACCCCGCUGGCGGUUGGCGACGUGAGCGACGAGGAUUUCAACGCCAUAGCUGAGGCGAAAAGGAUCAACCACCGUAACGCCAGCACGCCUGCGUCCGCAACCUUUAAAAGCGCCAUCCCGCCAUACGACGCAGCCCUCGGCAGCAGCAGUGAAAACGGCAGCCCUAUGCCGUACUCCGCCGCCGGUGGUGCCUUCCCGACGUUCCCGGAUUAUCGUGGCGCACUACGCACGCCCAACACCAGUGCCGUGACCCCGUCGGCGGGGCAGUCACCAGCCUUCCUGAACGCAGAGUCUCCGUCGCAGAUACCGCCAGGCGGCUUCGGCUUUGGCGGUCACCUGCGUGUCUACGAUGUGCGUCCCAAAAAUCAGUCCGGCACGGUGACGCCCAGCUGCACCAACAGCCCCGCAAUGAAUCCUAAUGCACAGGAGAAGAACGGCGCGGGGGGAAAGAUCGCCCCGCCCAAGUACACCGAUGGUGCAUUUCCCACGGCCAUGGCGUCCCGCUCCAACGGGGUGAGCGGAAGCGGCUGCGCGAGCAGCCGCACGGAAGGCGGCAUAAGCCUUGCGACGAGCGAGGCGAACACUCCCUUGGCUACCGGCGGAUACAGCAUUAUAUCCGGGCGAACCGCUGUGACAACGAGGAAGUAG